CCCGGCCGGGUUAGGGUGUUACAUUAGUAAGGACCAAUGAUCACAGGUCCUUGGGACCUUGAAACAAAACCAUGUGACAAGUAAUCCAAUAAGUUACGGGAAAUCACGUAACUUUUUAAUAAUGUAGUCACGGUAAUGUUCCCGUGUUUAAAUAAUAGUCACGGGAAUUACCAUGACAAAAUAGAUCUUCGGUCAUGGGGUUCUCCCGUUAUUGUAUUUUUUCUGUCGCGUGAUUUUGAUGCAACCCGGAUCGCCUCACAAGACAUCCAUCGAGUUAGAAGAGCUUACAACAAUCGUACCCCGAAGAUGAAGGCUUUAAAGGCUCGAGAUGGCAAGAGAAGAGUCCAAUUUUUGAAGGGAUGCUCGACGAAAUAGUGGAGUUGUCCAAGGGACGAGAAGUGGUGAUCAUUGGUGUUGGAGCUGUGUCAGACCAAAUACCCGACCAUGUCUCAUGGUCGUGACUUCUGCCCGUGAGACCAGUGAAGCGGGCGUUUAGAAGACAGUUAAUCUCACGACCUCAUCUAACGACCGUGAGAUCGGGACUGGUUUUGCUGCACGACCAAUUUUUUAUUUCCUUUGCGGAUUAUGUGACUUUUACUCCAAAACUUGGGUUUCCUUGUUAUUUUUUGCCCAAAAACUUUGUAGCCUAUAUAAGGGGUUGAACUAAGUCUUUUAGGGAUAAUCAACAAUUUUAUUCAGAAAUAAAAGCCCUAGAAUUGGUUGUUCAAACACCAACUUCUCUUUUGCUGCGCGUCCUGGAAGCCCAAGAUUGUGGCUACGAAUUCAAGGGAUCAUGGCUCGAACUUUGCAUCGAAACAACCAAGGAGAAACAAAUGGUUUCCUCAGUUGGAUCACGCCCACAAUGCAACUUGACCGCAAAGAAGAUCACAGCUGCGACUCGUGGAUCGCGACCGUGAAGUUCAUCCGCGAUCUCCUCAUCCCCGAAGACCAAAACGGCAGUGUCACAAGAUUGCGGCGUCCAUGAAGAAGAUCGCGGCCGCGAUCUCGACCUUGUCUACCCACGAAUUUCUCUAUCCUCUAAUGCCUAUAAAUAGAAGACCCCUUUCCCCCCAUUUAGAGGAGCUAUUUUGAGAUAGAAUUUCUGGGUUUAGAGAGAGAGAGAAGAGAGUGAAGCUGAAGGAAGGAGGAGAGGAGAAGAAGGAGCUACCUUCCUCAAUAUCAAGUCUUCUUCCACCUCUUCUAUGUAUCUUCUUCCCUCCUUUAUGGAGUAGUCGUCUAAGGUACUAGGGAUUCUAAAGCCCAAAUCCUAGUUUUAGGUUUAUUAUGGAUGUAUGGAUAUUUUAGAAUUUUAAUGAUUGAAUGUGUUUAUCUAGUUGAAUUGAAUGUUAUUCUAUCUUUGAUUGUGUUUGGGUAAGUCGCCCUAAUCUUCUCUACUAGCCUACUUGAGCUUCUACGCUGGGUUUGGAGUUUUAGGGUUAGACGGGUAUGCGCCAUAAAAAUCUGUUUUUAAAUGUACAGUAAAAAUUAGAUUACUGAUAAUUUUGUAAACAAAAAAGAUACACACCUAAUUACAAUCUUGUAAAAUAAUAAUUUCUAUAUAUUAUAUCAAAAUCACCCUACUAGCUACGCACCCUCUCUCCAACGCUGCCGCCUCCAUCCCUAGCGACCCUCUCCCUUCCUGCUGUCGCUCCUACCUGUCGUCGCCUACCAAAAUUCCUCCCCGACCUCCUCUCUCUCUCUCUCUCUCUCUCUCUCUCUCUCUCUCUCUCUCUCUCUCUCUCUCUCUCUCCACUUCCUUCCCCGCAGGCCCGCACACCUCCCCUCCUAGGCUCCCACCGCCACAUCCCCUUCUCCCUCUAUCUCCACCUCUCUCCCCACACACCCCCCCUUCUCUAUCUCGCUCUCUCUUAAAGAAGAACUAUCAUCUCGGUCGAAUUUCAGAUCUGGAUUUUUCAUAUAUUUUGUAUAUUUGUAUUGAUUUUUUUUUGUAGUGGUAUUAUUUUUUCGCAUCGGUAUUGAUUAUGUAAUAUUAUUGCUUUUUGGUAUUGAUAUUAUUCUAUUGGUAGUGAUCUUCAUAUAUUGGUAUUAGUUAAAUCUCUAAUGGUAUUGGUUAAUAAGUGGUAUAUGUUGUGGUAGUGGUAGUGUUUUUAUGUUUGAUAUUGAUUUCUUGCUUUAUUUUUGCAGUGGUAUUAGUUCGGACGAAUAGAGACAAGAAAACGAU